ACACACGCACCACACACACACACACUACGGGAAACUUGGUUACAACAAUUAGCCGAAUCUGCAUGUCUUUGGACCGUAGGAGGAAACCAGAGUACCCAGAGAAAACCAACCAAGCAUGGGAAGAACAGCAGUAUUCAGUGAAGAACCAAUAACAAGCUUCUGUCUGGCAAGCCAACAUAUUUCUGACAAAACACCAGUCCAGCUGCUUUACGAGUAUGGCACUAAAACUGGCACUGUGCCUCUUUACAUGAUGGAGAGAGCCGCCGGAGAAGCCCACCAACCACUCUUUAUUAUUAGUGUUACCAUCGGAGACAUCACCUGUACAGGAGAGGGUUCCUCAAAGAAAGCUGCCAAACAGGAGGCUGCAAUGGCAGCUCUUAAAAUGCUGGAGUUAGACAUUGAAAAUAGUCCUCAAAAUCAAAGGAUGGAGAAUAUUGACUGUGGUGGUGAAGCAAAUGACCAGCCUAAUCCAGUAGGAAUACUGCAGGAGCUGGCAAUGCAGAGGUCAUGGCGUCUUCCAGAAUAUAUAGUAUGUUCAGAAGCAGGUCCAGAUCAUAAGAAAGAGUUUACAGUUGUUUGUCGUUUGGAAACACUCUCAGAAAAAGGCACAGGGAGCUCUAAAAAGAAUGCCAGAAGAGCAGCAGCAGAAAAGAUGCUAGAAAAACUGCGAAGUCUUUCAGGGUCUACUGAGAUUACAUGGAAUCCAAAACCACAUGUAUAUUUGGAGCGAUUAAGGAGCUCUGAGUUAGAGAAGAUUUCAUUUCUGAGGAGGAAUCCUCUCAGUAUUCCCAACACAGACUAUGUACAGAUGAUGCUGGAGUUAUCUCAGGAGCAAGGCUUUGAGGUCACAUAUUUUGACAUAGAAGAACUUACAGUAAAUGGUCAGUACCAGUGCUUGGCUGAGCUGUCCACCAUGCCAGUUGCCGUAUGCCAUGGUACAGGAAUCUCCUGCAGCAAUGCACACAAUGAUGCAGCUCACAGUGCUCUGCAGUACAUUAAAAUCAUGGCCAGCUGUAAAUAAUCACUAGCUAAAUCUUCUAGUCCAUGCUGCAUAAAUAAGCUUUAGAUUUAAUCAUCAUUAACAUAUUGGAUUCAUGUCUGAAAGUGUGUUUUUUUAUGUUUGCCUGCAAGUACAUCAUUUAAAGAGCUUUAAAGCUGUGAAGUCAGUUACUUAUUAAAAGGUGGAUGGAUGUGUGACAUUUUAGCAUCCAAGAAUGAAGAUUUUGUAUGUGUGAGAGAGAUAGAAAGAGAUUUUUAUUGACCAGGUGCUCACAGUCCAGAAACAGAACACUAUAUAAACAUCAUAUUGUUUCUUUUAAAAAUAUCAUAGUUUAGAAAAUGUUAACCAAGCCUUACCUGAUGUUAUAUAGCAUUCAUACUUCUUAAACUUUUGUUUUUGUUAUAACUACAAACCAAUUUAUUUUAUUGGGUUUUUAUGUGAUAGACCAACACAAAGUGGCACAUAAUUGUAAAUUGGAAGGAAAAUUAUAAAAGGUUAAAAAAAAAAUGUUCCCAAAUAAAUAUCUGAAAAGUGUAAAAACCACCUUUUGCUGAAAUUACAGCUGCAAGUCUCUUGGUGUAUGCCUCUACCAGCUUUGCACAUAUAGGAAGGGAAUUUUUAGACCAUUCUUCUUUGCAAAAUACUGUAGCUUAAGCUCUGUCAGAUUGGAUGGAGAGUGUCUGUGAACAGCAAUUCUUAAGUCUUGUUAAAAAAUUCUAAAGUGGAUUCAGGUCUGGACUUUGAUUGGGCCAUUCUAAUGGAUGAAUAUGUUUUGAUCUAACCAUUUCAUUGUAGUUCUGGCUGUGUGUUUAGGACCAUUGUCCUGCUGGAAGGUGAACCUUUUCCAAAGUCUUUUGCAGACUCUAACAGGUUUUCUUCUACGAUUGCCUUGGAUUUGGCUCUAUCCACCUUCUCAUCAACUCUCAUCAACAGCUUCCCUGUCCCUGCUAAAGAAAAGCAUCCCCACAAUAUGAUACUGCCACCACCAUGCACGGUGUUAGUUUUCUGUCACACACCUUAUUUUGCAUUUAGGCCAAAAAGUUUAAUUUUAGUAUUAUAUGACCAAAGCACCUUCUUUCACAUUUUCACAUUUCUGUGUCCCCCACAUGGCUUGUCACAAAUUGCAAACAGGACAUCUUAUGGCAUUCUUUCAACAAUUGUUUACUUCUUGUCACGCUUUUAUAAAGACUAGAUUUGUUGACUGCACAAUUAAUAGUUGUCCUGGGAACAGAUUCUUCCACCUGAGCUAUGAAUCUCUGUAGCUCCUCCAGAGUUACCACCAGCCUCUUGGUAGUUCCAUGUUCAGAUGAUGGGUUGAACAGCGCUCCGUGAGAUGUACAAAUCUUGGGAUGUUUUUAUAUUCCAACCCAGUUUUAAACUUCUCCAAACUUUAUCCCUGACCUGUCUGGUGCAUUCCUUGGGGUUCAUUAUACUGUUUGUUCACUACUAUUCUCUAACAAAUCUCUGAGGGUUUUACAGAACAGCUGUAUUUAUACUGAGAUUAAAUUACACACAGGUACUAAUUAGGUGAUGUCUGAAGGCAAUUGGUUCCACUGGAUUUUAGUCAGAAGAAUCAGUAAAGGGGGCAGAAUACAAAUGCAUGCCAUGCUUUUUAUAUCUUUCUUUGAUAAAAAAAAAUACAUUUAUAACUUUUUUCUUUCACUUCACAAUUAUUUGCCACUUUGUCUUGGUCUAUCACAUUAAAAUUCCAAUAAAAUACAUUUAAGUUAGUGGUUGUACUGUGAUGAAAUGUGAAAAGAUUUAUGGAGUAUGAAUACUUUUGCAUUUUCAUGUGUAAUAAUUUUGCAUGGUUCUGUAAAUAAGGAAAAAGAAGUAUUUUUAUAUUAUGCCAUGUAUAAAUUGUUUAUUCUUUUCCUUGACAUGUGUAUUUGAAAAUAGAACAUGCGUAAUACGGGGUGGCUUAAAUGUCUGGAUCCAAAGGGAAAUAAUUAUUUAAAAGAUUAUAAAAUACAGCAUGUCCGAAUUGACGGCAUCUGACUUGAUCUUACAAUACAACACAAUAUAAAUCAGAACUGUUGGUACAUAUAAUUCUUGUUCGAUUCUGAUAGACUUCACAUGACCUCAGUUGAAAAAGUCUUGUUUUAUUAAAUCUGUUGGUAAUUUUAAAGCUUUCUUUUUUCUGAAAUGAAGGCAAAAAUAUAAAAUUUGACGUAAUGGUUAAAAGAAUGACUUUUGGGCCACCCGGUAUUUUAGAAAAUUUUGAAUGUGUGCUUUAUCUUUGAAAUGUUAUGCAUUCCCUCAGGUUGAUAUUUAUUUGCAUAUAUUUAAUGUAAAACACUUAAAUAAAGUUUAUUACAGAAGCUCCUUGCUGAACUACUGGCUACCAUAAAAUGUUUUCAAUUUUCAGGUUUUUCAGUUAAUCAAGUUAAAUUCUUUCAUAUGAAUGAACAUACACUUUUUUUUUGCCGUGUCUCACAGUGACGUUUUUUCUCCCCAUAUUAAGAUCCAGUGGUACCAAACAAAGCAGCUUCUAGCUGAGAAAGUGGCAAUUUUACUUUUUUUCAGUGCUAAGUUUAUAAUGGUAAAAUGAAAAUAAACAGAUCUAUGCUUGCUUUUUCA